AUGAUUAUGCUGUUAACUUACACUAUAUUGUCAAAAGUAUUGGGACAUCCCUCCAUAUUAUUGGAUGCAGGUGUUCCAAUCCCCUCCAUGGACACAGGUGUAUACAAUCAAGCCCCUAGGCAUGCAGACGGCUUCUAGAAUCAUUUGUGAAAGAAUGGGUCGCUCUCAGGAGCUCAGUGACUCCAAGCGUGGUCCCGUGAUAGGUGGCCACCUGGGCAAUAAGUCCAUCCGUGACAUUUCCUGGCUACUAAAUAUUCCACGCUCAACUGUUAGUGGGAUUAUAACAAAGUAGAAGCAACUGGGAACAACAGCCACUCAGCCAUGAAGUGGUAGGCCACGUCACAUGACAGGGCGGGGUCAGCGCGCAUGCUGAAGCGCACAGUGCACAGAAAUUGCCAACUGUCUGCA